UUCCAUCUUAUUUUUGCCCACAGCACACGCAGCAGAGUAUAUAGCUUGGAGCUAGCGGCACACUCACAGCACUCACGAUGUCAACCGGAAGGCCCAUAAAGUGUGUUGUCGUCGGUGACGGCACUGUCGGAAAGACCUGCAUGCUAAUCUCCUACACGACAGACUGCUUUCCCGGCGAAUAUGUGCCCACAGUCUUCGACAACUACUCGGCGCCCAUGCAGGUGGACACAAUACAGGUCUCGCUGGGCCUGUGGGACACGGCGGGCCAGGAGGACUACGACCGCCUGAGACCGCUCUCCUACCCGCAGACAGACGUCUUCCUGAUAUGCUACAGCGUGGCGAGUCCCUCGUCCUUUGAGAACGUCACCUCGAAAUGGUAUCCGGAGAUAAAGCACCACUGCCCCGACGCGCCCAUCAUUCUAGUUGGUACCAAAAUCGAUUUGCGCGAAGAUCGAGAGACACUCAGCGGCCUGGCAGAGCAGGGACUGACGCCGCUGAAGCGCGAGCAGGGUCAGAAGCUGGCGAACAAGAUACGCGCUGUGAAAUACAUGGAGUGCUCCGCCUUGACGCAGCGAGGCCUCAAGCCGGUGUUCGAGGAAGCGGUUCGCGCGGUGCUCAGACCAGAGCCGCUAAAGCGACGCCAGCGAAAGUGUUUAGUUAUGUAAAUAAGGUAGCAUGUUAUUGGCUUUGGCAGAGUAUAGAGAUUCCUCGGAAGCGACACGUACACGACAUAGACACUCACGCAGCGCCCUCAUCGACAAAUCAAUUACAUGUAUUUAUUUAUAAAAGUUUCCAUAUUCUCGAAAUGCAACAAGCCCUAAAACGACCGCCAGUUAGGAAACUCUGAAGAACGAUUCAAUUUCAUAUGCGAUUCUGGGAACCCAAGUGUACUGCCAUCAGAAUUCAGGUGAAAUUUUCUCGUUCGAGGGUUUCUGCCUGGGAUCGUUGGGGUCUCACGUUUGGCACACCACGACUCCCUCCCGCAAAACAACAACAUUGUUAACAAAAUCGGAACCACAGAAAAGAAAUGAUAAAUCUAAUGCAGCUACAUAUGUAGAAAUCUAGUCAAUUGAAUCGAAUGUAUUGUACUAAUAGUAACAAGCAGAAAGAGAAAAUUAUAAGCAGCUAAAAAUUGGUUUCGCAUAUCACGAGCAUCUAUGCAUUUCCUAAUUUCCCAUUAAAUGUAUUAUAGUUAUGUAGCCAUGAGCUGAGGCAGCUAAUCCCAAGCUUACCAAAUCUGAAACCAGGCCAAUUCACUUGACGACAAGACGAGCUCUUAGAGAAAGCCACUUUUUUAAAAUGAUAUUCAAGCAUGCGCAUUUUUUUUAUUCUAACUCUCGACCCUCGAAUCAUAAUCAUAAUCACUCGAAGCUCAUUUGACCAUGUCUUUUGAAAAUGUAACAACUGUUGUUUAUUAUUUUAUAAUGACUUAUUUAUUACCCUAACUUUAAACAAAACGAAUUGUAUAAACAACUUUUACGGCGUAAGUAUAGGAAAAAGGAUUAUGUGAAUGGAAAGGCAACAAACUGCAUUUAAAUGUGACGCAACUCGAAUAAUCGAAUAAACGAUGUAACAAGAA